AUGGAAGAACUCGGCCCUUUCAGAGUAAAAAGCGAUGGCAAAACGCUCGAAAGAAAUCCUUAUGCUUGGAAUGAAGUGGCCAAUGUGCUCUUCUUGGAAUCCCCAGCAGGGGUUGGCUUCUCGUACUCGAAUACUACCACAGAUUAUGAUCAAAGCGGAGACAAGAGGACCGCGGAAGAUACAUUCACCUUUCUGCUAAACUGGCUGGAGAGAUUCCCCCACUACAAGAAUCGCAAGUUCUUCAUCGCCGGGGAGAGUUACGCCGGCCACUGCGUCCCCCAACUCGCCUCGCUCAUGCUGCACCGCAACGAGCUCGCCAACCGGACUCUCAUCAACCUCAGUGCCAUUGCAAUUGGGAACGCUUAUGUUGAUGAAGUAACCAACAGCGAAGCAAGGUACGAGUUUUUGUGGAGUCACGCACUAAUAUCCGAUGAGACAUUUGCUAGAACUCGUCGAUUCUGCAACUUCUCUGCCAUCAUAAACGAAGAGUGCAACAAAGCUACAGCUGCUGUUGCUGCAGAGACCGGAAACAUCGAUCCUUACAAUGUCUAUGCUCCCGUUUGCGUUGGCUCCAACAGUUCUUCCGAGUCUGGCGUAGCGAUGGCCGACAUAGAUCCCUGCUCGGAUACUUACGUGGAGGCGUACCUGAACGAUCCUGAGGUUGAUCUCCCUUGGAAUGACAGUCCUAAGAGCACAGUGCCGGUCAUGAAGCAGCUCGUCAACAGUGGGUUGAGGGUGUGGCUGUUCAGUGGUGAUACCGAUAUGGUAUGCCCGUACAAAGGCACGUUAAAGGCGAUCAAAAUCAUGAAGUUGCCGAUCAAGAACCCAUGGCGUGCAUGGUAUUCCGACAAACAGGUAGGAGGCUAUGUCGUUGGUUAUGGAGGACUGACGCUUGUUACGGUAAAGGGAGCAGGGCACAUGGUUCCGACCUACCAACCUGAGCGAGCAUUGUUGAUGUUCUCCAGUUUCCUCCGUGGAAAGCUCCCACCAGCUUCCUAA